AUGAAUGUGACAAGUUUAUUCUCUUUCACCAGCCCAGCUGUGAAGAGGCUCUUGGGAUGGAAGCAGGGGGACGAAGAAGAAAAGUGGGCAGAGAAAGCUGUUGAUGCAUUAGUGAAAAAACUGAAGAAGAAAAAAGGUGCUAUGGAGGAGCUGGAAAAAGCAUUAAGCUGUCCUGGUCAGCCCAGCAACUGUGUCACAAUUCCUCGUUCCUUGGACGGCAGGCUUCAAGUUUCACACCGGAAAGGGCUACCGCAUGUAAUUUACUGCAGAGUGUGGCGCUGGCCGGACCUGCAGAGCCAUCACGAACUGAAACCACUGGAAUGCUGCGAGUUUCCCUUUGGUUCAAAACAGAAGGAGGUUUGCAUCAAUCCCUACCACUACAAGCGGGUGGAGAGUCCUGUCCUUCCUCCGGUGCUCGUUCCAAGGCACAGCGAGUACAAUCCUCAGCACAGCCUCUUGGCCCAAUUCCGCAACCUGGGACAAAACGAGCCCCACAUGCCACACAACGCUACUUUCCCGGACUCUUUUCAGCAACCCAAUAGUCACCCGUUCCCCCACUCGCCCAACAGCAGCUAUCCCAACUCGCCUGGAAGCAGCAGUAGCACCUACCCGCAUUCUCCAGCCAGCUCAGACCCAGGAAGCCCUUUCCAAAUGCCAGCUGAUACUCCCCCUCCUGCUUACCUGCCUCCGGAAGAUCAGAUGACACAUGAUACCUCCCAGCCAAUGGAUACCAACAUGAUGGCACCCGCAAUUCCCCCUGACAUACACAGAGGAGAUGUUCAGGCAGUUGCUUACGAAGAGCCGAAACAUUGGUGCUCCAUUGUCUACUAUGAGCUGAAUAAUCGCGUCGGGGAGGCAUUCCAUGCUUCUUCCACCAGCAUCCUGGUGGAUGGUUUCACUGAUCCUUCAAACAACAAGAACAGAUUUUGCCUGGGGCUGCUUUCAAACGUUAACCGCAACUCCACCAUUGAGAACACUAGGCGGCAUAUUGGCAAAGGUGUUCAUCUCUAUUACGUUGGUGGGGAAGUGUAUGCGGAAUGUCUUAGCGACAGCAGUAUUUUUGUGCAAAGUCGGAACUGCAACUACCAUCAUGGGUUCCAUCCCACCACGGUCUGCAAAAUCCCCAGUGGCUGCAGUUUGAAGAUUUUCAAUAAUCAAGAGUUUGCUCAGCUUUUGGCUCAGUCAGUGAACCAUGGCUUUGAGACAGUGUAUGAGCUUACUAAGAUGUGCACUCUCCGUAUGAGUUUUGUAAAGGGUUGGGGAGCUGAGUAUCAUCGCCAAGAUGUAACGAGCACUCCAUGCUGGAUAGAGAUACAUCUUCAUGGUCCGCUUCAGUGGCUGGAUAAAGUACUUACUCAGAUGGGCUCUCCUCAUAAUCCUAUUUCUUCAGUGUCUUAAAAGGUCCCAAACUCCUGCAUUUUGGAAACAGUUGAGCCUUGCAUGUACUUGAAGGACGUAUGAGUCAGACACACACAUUUAUUCCCUGCUCCCCCUCCCCUGAACUGGCAACAGCUGAAUAAGAGCCAUGAAAAUACUUGACUUCUGUGACCAACUGUUGGAUUCAGGAAAAAAAAAAAAACCAC